AUGAAUAGCAGAAAUGAUAAAAAAAGAAAACACUGCGGAGGUGCAGAAAAAAUUAGAGCUUUAAACAAAAAGAAGUUGGCCUUAGAUGCAGAAAAAUGUUUAAAAAUUAAUAAUAUGUUUAAACACUUAAAACCUGUUUGUGAGACUAUGCCUGAUGAAACAGAUACAAAAAGAGCUGUUGGUGUUUCUGAUAAACCUCAAUUUGAAAAUGUUGGUCCACAUAUGCCUGAUGAAACAGAUGCAAAAAGUGCUGUUAGUGCUUUUUACAUACCUCAAUUUGAAAAUGGUAGUCCUUCUUGUUCAAGAGAUGAUUUCAAUUAUUCAAGGGACUCUAAUAAUGAGCACAUGUUUAAAAGACCAAAAUCAAAUGAAAUUAAACAUUUUUUUGAGUUUCAUAAAAUCCAAGAUUUUAAUAAAACUGAACAACAACCAUUCAACUAUAAGAAAACCUUUUUUCGGCCUGAUGGUAGUUUACGUUAUUGGCUUACUUAUAAUGAAAACAAAAAAUACUUUUUUUGUUCAGUAUGUUUGGCAUUUGCUAAAAGUAAUGACGAAAGCAAGUUUAUAUCAGGAAUGAAUGAUUUUAAACAUUUAUAUUGUAGAAUUAAUGAUCAUGAAAAUAGUAAAAAUCAUUAUUAUUGUGUUGAUACCUAUAUGAUGCAUACAAAAGAAAAAAGUAUUGAUGUUUUAUUAUUUAAAAAUCAAUUAACUAAAAGAAUGCAAGAAGUUGAACACCGUAGAAUGAUUUUUCAAAGGAUUGUAGAUGUUAUUAAGUUGAUUGGUAAACGUGGCUUAAGUUCUCGAGGAGCAUAUGAAUCAGCAAAAGACUUGGCUAAUCCUAAUGUCAGUCAUGGAAAUUUCCUCGAUAUAUUACUAUUAUUAGCCAAGUAUGAUGCACCAUUGGAUGAACAUAUUAAAUUAGUCAUAAAAAAAGCAAGUGACAACAAAACUCCUGGAAGAAGUCAAAAUGUAACUCUUCUAUCAAAAACAUCAGCCAACUAUGUCAUUAAAUCAAUUUCAAUACUAAUAAAAAAACAAAUUAGUGAAGAUAUUAAAAUGUCUGGUAUGUAUUCUAUUCAAAUUGAUACAAGCCAAGAUGUAUCUGUAUCUGAUAUCUGUUCAGUUAUAGUAAGAUAUGUAUCUUCAACCUAUAAAUCUGGAGUAGAACCUGCUAUACACGAAAGAGCAUUGUCAUUUUUAAAUCCAAAAAAAACUACUGGUCAAGCAUUAUGUGAUUUAAUAUCAAAUAAUUUAUCAAAUAAUUCAAUUGAUGUUAAAAAAUGCAUUGGAAGUUCAACUGAUGGUGCAUCAAAUAUGAUUGGACAAUAUAAUGGUUUUUCUAAAUGGCUAGAAAAAGAAUCGCCUAAGCAACUUCAUGUGUGGUGUUAUGCUCAUUGCCUUAAUUUAGUCAUUAUAGAAGCUACAGGAGUUUCAACUCCAGCUAUAUCAUUAUUUGGUCUAUUAAAUAGUUGUGCUGCAUUUUUCAGAGAUUCACAUAAACGAAUGGAUUUAUGGCGUAAUUUAUCAUCAGAUAGUCGUGUAUUGAAUUUAAUUGGACAAACCAGAUGGUGGUCUAAAGAUGCUGCAUUGAAAAAAAUGUUUGGUUCAUUUAAUGAACCUUCUCAUUCUUUAUAUAUAACAGUAAUAAAAAUUUUUUCUAUCAUUUCUUCAAACAAUGAAGAUUUUAAUAAUGAUUGUAGAUGUACUGCAAUGUCACUGUUGCAAUCUUUAACAAAAUUUGAAACAAUUCUUACAGCACAAUUAUAUUUAAAAAUAUUUCAGAGAACUACACCAUUAUCUAAAUAUUUACAGACUGAUGGAAUGUUUAUUUUACAAGCUCAACAGAUGGUCAGUUCAACAUUAGAGUUUUUAAAAAAGGAAGCAAGAAAUUUUGAAGAUAUUUUAAAGGCAGGUAAAAAUUUUGUAAAAUGGGCUAAUGAUUUAAUUGAAAAUGAAGAUGAAAUUAAUAAUUUGAUCCCGGAUAAUUUGCCAAAUGUGCGGAUACGUAAGAAAAAAACAUUGUUUGGCGAGAACCACAAUGAAACUGUUACUGAAACUGCUAUUGACUUGUUUAAAUUUAAUGUUCAUAACACAGCGAUGGAUACAGUGAUUUGUAAACUAGAACAACGUUUUGCUAAACACGCUGAAAUAUGUUCAGAUUUUACAUGCUUAGAUCCUCGUCAAUUUUCAAAACCAUUGCCCACAACUGCUCUUUUCAAACUUAGUAAAGUUCUUGGAUUAGAAAAUACUUCUAUUUUAAGGGAAGAAUUUCUAGAUUUUACCAAAAAAUGGGAUAAGCUUAAAUUAAAUUUACCUGAAGUAUAUGCAAGUUAUAGAAGUGAUGAGGAAAAUGAACUUCCAGAAUUAGAUAUAGAAUAUUUGCAAGAAAAUGAGUUUGAACAAAAUCUAUGCAAAACAAAUAAACGGUGUUUAAAUUGUUUUCUUUGCUGUUUUAAUGUAUUGUUUAAAUAUAGAUUAUAUGUUAAAGCAUAUAGCAAUUUAUUUUUAGCUUAUAUGUAUAUUUUAACACUAUCAUGCACUCAGGUAGGCUGUGAAAAGAGUUUUUCUACCUUAAGUUUUAUUAAAAACCGACUUAGAAACCGUCUAUCGAUGGAAAAUCUGGAUGCAUGGAUGUUAAUGCAUUUAAAUAAAGAUAUUUUGGAAACAUUAACAUAUGAAAACAUUAUUGAGGAAGUGAUAAAACAUAGCUCAGUAUUCAAAAAAAUGUUGGUUGUUUAA